AGUGAGUUAGAGGAGAGAGUUAAAGAAUAAGAGCGAAAGACAGACAGGUCAAGAGCCCUUCCUCAGCAGCUUUAAGGGGGCGUUUAUAUUUGUGGGUGUGCUUGUGAAUCAUAUGCUUAUUAUGGGAUGAAGUGUGCGAAAGUCUGAAUGGAACAAUAUCUGAGGAGGGCAUUCGCCAGAUAUAAGGGUUGCUCUUAUUGGGGACAGAUGUCUACAAAUCCAGGGUCUUUCUCUCCUGCAGUCAGCAGCAGCCCACCCAAGAGUAUUCAGGCUGCACUGCUGGAAUCACCCAGUCCACAAAUGCCUCUGACACAGUGUCUGAAAUACAGCAGCGCAGAGAGCUCUGCUACAAGCUCUAAGAGAGACAGCGUCCUCUACAGGCUGAACAGUGGAGCUGCAGAGUGCGUCAGAAGGCACAGUGUGGAUGGAUGCUUUGGGGAGCUGGAGUCCGAAUCAAGCAAGGACAAGCGAUUUCACCCCUAUGGGAGGCAGUACAGUGAUGGAGAAGUCACUGGAUCUUCACUGUACUGCUGCCUCAGGAAGAGUAAACUACCUGAACCUUUCACUCCAGCGAACACUGACACUGCAGAUGUACAAGAGCAGAAUGGCUGGCCUUCACUCAGCACCACUGUACAGUCCUCUAUGUUUAUGGGAGCUGAAGAGAACAUUGAUCAGGUACAGAACCGGCCUGAGGAUCCACCUAGUUUCACCUCAUCUACCCACAGUGCAUACAGCACCCUCAGUUCACUGCACCAACAGAUUCCAGCUGAAUACUCAUCCGGAGCACUCGAACUCAGCUCACGCUAUUCUUACCCAAGUCUCUCUCCACAAACCAGUCGAGAUGGAUCAGUCCAGCCGCAAUACCCCAAACCCAUCUACUCCUAUAGCAUUCUUAUUUUCAUGGCUCUGAGAAAUAGCAGGACUGGCAGCCUGCCUGUGAGUGAGAUCUACAGUUUCAUGACAGAACACUUCCCCUACUUCAAGACAGCACCUGAUGGCUGGAAGAACUCCAUCCGUCACAACCUCUCCUUGAACAAGUGCUUUGAGAAAGUUGAGAACAAGAAGGGGAACUCAUCACGAAAGGGCUGCCUGUGGGCUCUCAACCCAGCCAAAGUGGAGAAGAUGCAAGAAGAGCUGCAGAAGUGGAGGAGGAAGGAUCCCGUGACAGUGCGAAGGAGCAUGGCCAGACCAGAGUUAUUAGAUCAACUUCUAGGAGAUAGACCAGAGAAGCCCAGGUCCCUGUCUGCCCAACUCAACAAUCACACUCACACUCAGUUCCCCAGAGUCAGUCUGCCUCCCUCAUACACUCCAACUACUCACCAAAGAAGACCAUACUACAGUCAUUACAACUUACCAUCACAAACUGUCUCCCAGCAGCUCCCAUACCUGCCCUCGAAUCACCCAGCCUUCUCAUUCUACCCCUCCAUCCCUCAGCAGCCCAGCACACAGUUGUCACCUAGGACUGGCAGCCUGGACUCACCCUUGCCUGCACACACACCGCCAAGCUACAGCGCUGCUCUACAGGCCAGCCACAGUGCUUUGGGAAGCAUGCAGGAGCUCCUCAUGGAGGGGGAGAUGAGUAACGACAUAGACACGCUCAAUCCAAGCCUAACAGACCUGCAACUCCACGGUUGUCUCUGGGAAGAGCUCAGGAAUGACAGUUUGGCUUCUGACCCACUGCCACUCAUGGACGUGUCCACUACAUCUGACCAGCUCAGCCCUGAUCAUGUCGGGGAUUGUGGGAAGGGCUGUGACACAGCUAGUUCAGAAGCGGCACAGCAGGAGUGUGUUUCUGAUCUCUAUUUCACAGGACUGUGUUCAAGUGACUUCACCAACGCGGACAGCAUGUCAGGUCUCCAUUCCACCACGACAAACACUCCAAUUGCCCUGCUUUGAAGCACUGUUUUUGUUCCAAAAGCUUGUUCUACACUAAACCUUGUAAUCAGUAUGAGUGAAAUUGUAUGCUGAAACUGUUGAACUUAAAAUACUGGACUUUA